AUGAAUCGGUCAAUCCCUUCGAACACCGAUGGUCAUCGCCCAGUAUCCAGAGACAGUAAUCUACCUCAAAGCCCAACGGUUGCAGCCUCUGUUGGAAUAAGCAGCGCCGAUGGUCCCCUCUCCCCGACCAUUCAGAUCGAUGGAGACCAUUUGGGUGCUCUCAACCCUAUGGCAACACCUCAGCCCUUUAAUGGUGACCAACCCAAGGUCUACCUUGAGCUCCGGGAUGGUCAGGUGUUUGAAGGCCUGAGCUUCGGUGCCAACAAAAGCGUUUCUGGAGAACUCGUCUUCCAGACCGGUAUGGUCGGCUACCCAGAGUCUAUCACUGAUCCCUCCUACCGCGGACAGAUCCUAGUCAUUACUUUUCCGUUAGUCGGCAACUAUGGUGUACCCUCGAGAGACACCUUGGAUGAGCUGCUGGGCGAUCUUCCCAAAUACUUCGAAUCCAACCAGAUCCACAUUGGAGGCCUGGUAGUUGCCUCAUAUGCCGGUGAGAGCUACUCUCAUCACCUGGCUAAAUCUUCUCUAGGCGCCUGGUUGCAGGAACAGGGUGUUCCGGCAAUGUGUGGCGUCGACACCAGAGCUCUGACAAAGAGAAUACGAGAAGAAGGAAGCAUGCUUGGCCGUAUGCUUCAGUCACGACCCUCUCCAAAAUCAAAGCUUUCCAAUGGUAUCAACCCUGGUGGGCUAUCAAAUGGAGACGUAGUGAUGGGCCCGCAAAACUGGCAAGAUCAAGUUGAGGGAGUGGAGUGGCAUGAUCAGAACAAGAGAAAUCUUGUGGCAGAGGUAUCUGUGAAGGAGCCCCGAGUUAUCUCGCCUCCCAUUACACGAGCUCUGCUGCAUCCUUCUGGACGUCCUGUUCGCGUCGUGGUUGUCGAUGUCGGUCUCAAGUACAAUCAACUUCGCUGUCUGUUAUCUCGAGGGGUGGAGGUUCUGGUGGUGCCAUGGGAUUAUGACUUUCCGGCCCUUGCUGGAAAAGAUUACGAUGGAUUGUUCAUCUCCAACGGCCCCGGAGAUCCCGCAAUGCUCUCAACAACUAUCAAGCACAUUUCAGAGGCUUUGAAGGAAGCCCGAACCCCCAUUUUUGGCAUCUGUCUUGGUCACCAAUUACUUGCUCGCGCAGCCGGUGCUGAGACGUUGAAGAUGAAGUUUGGUAAUCGUGGCCACAACAUCCCCUGCACAAACCUAUUGUCUGGACGAUGCUACAUUACUUCACAGAACCACGGAUUCGCCGUCGAGUCCAUGACCCUCCCUGAAGGAUGGGAAGAAUUAUUUGUGAACGCAAAUGAUGGCAGCAAUGAAGGGAUCCGACACGUAUCUCGACCAUACUUUAGCGUGCAGUUUCAUCCUGAGUCUACACCUGGACCCCGAGACACCGAAUUCCUCUUUGAUGUCUUUAUUGAUGCAAUCAUGAAGAGUCUUGAAUCUGUUGAUUAUCUACUCCGCCCCGUAUCCUUCCCAGGUGGAACGAUUGAUGAGAACGAUCGAGCACAUCCUCGUGUUACGGUGAAGAAAGUCCUUGUCCUCGGAAGCGGUGGUCUAAGCAUCGGCCAAGCAGGAGAAUUUGAUUAUUCCGGCAGUCAAGCAAUCAAAGCUCUCAAGGAGGAAGGAAUCUACACCGUCUUGAUCAAUCCGAACAUUGCCACUAUACAAACCUCCAAAGGUCUCGCUGACAAGGUGUACUUUUUGCCCGUCAACGCAGACUUUGUUCGCAAAGUCAUCAAAUAUGAGAGGCCGGACGGGAUUUACUGCACGUUUGGUGGCCAAACUGCUCUACAAGUUGGUAUCCAGCUCAAGGACGAGUUUGCAGCUCUCGGGGUUCAAGUUUUGGGGACUCCAAUCGAUACUAUCAUCACCACCGAAGACCGUGAGCUUUUCGCGAGAAGCAUGGAGUCAAUUGGAGAAAAAUGCGCCAAAUCAGCGUCCGCUUCCAGUCUGGAAGAGGCAAUGCGAGUCGUUCAAGAUAUUGGGUUUCCUGUGAUUGUCAGAGCUGCAUACGCACUGGGGGGACUUGGCAGCGGAUUUGCUGAGGAUCCAAACCAGCUGCGCGAGUUAUGCACAAAAGCAUUCGCCGCAAGUCCGCAAGUACUUAUUGAGCGGAGCAUGAAAGGCUGGAAAGAGAUCGAAUACGAGGUCGUGCGAGACGCCCGCGACAAUUGCAUAACAGUCUGCAACAUGGAGAAUUUUGAUCCCCUGGGGAUCCAUACAGGGGACUCGAUCGUCGUUGCCCCUUCACAAACUCUGUCGGAUGAAGAUUACAACAUGCUACGAACCACAGCUGUCAAUGUGAUUCGCCAUCUGGGUGUCGUGGGAGAGUGUAAUAUCCAGUACGCUCUCAACCCUUUUUCCAAGGAGUAUUGCAUUAUAGAGGUGAACGCCCGAUUGUCUCGAUCUUCAGCUUUAGCCUCGAAAGCGACAGGAUAUCCGCUGGCAUUUAUUGCCGCCAAACUCGGACUGGGGAUCCCGCUGAACGAAAUAUCCAAUUCAGUCACGAAAAAGACUUGUGCCUGCUUCGAACCCUCGCUCGACUACGUUGUCGUCAAAAUCCCCCGCUGGGACUUGAAGAAAUUCACCCGAGUAUCCACACAGCUCGGUUCUUCAAUGAAGAGUGUCGGUGAAGUCAUGUCUAUCGGCCGGACGUUUGAAGAAGCCAUUCAAAAAGCCAUUCGCUCUGUCGAUGUUCACAAUCUUGGGUUCUCGGAUAUCUCAAACCCUCUCAUGUCAGUCGACGAUGAAUUGCAGACGCCGUCAGACCAAAGAAUGUUUGCGAUCGCCAAUGCCAUGCACGCGGGAUAUUCUGUGGACAAGAUCUGGGAAAUGACAAAGAUUGACAAGUGGUUCCUUUCUCGACUUAAAGGUCUGAGCGAUUUCGCCAAACUCAUGUCCACUUUCACGGCGAGCAGUAUCCCUCCGUCGUUGAUUCGACAAGCCAAACAACUUGGGUUCUCGGACAGGCAGCUAGCUCGGUACUGGAACUCGAACGAACUGGCAGUGAGACGUCUGCGGGCUGAGGCGGGCAUCCAUCCCUUUGUGAAACAGAUCGAUACCGUUGCCGCCGAGUUCCCCGCCGUCACCAAUUAUCUUUAUCUGACCUACAAUGGCACGGAGCACGACAUCACGUUCAACGACCACGGCGUAAUGGUCCUCGGGUCUGGCGUCUAUCGGAUUGGUUCCUCUGUGGAAUUUGAUUGGUGCUCAGUCAGAGCUAUCCGCACUCUUCGAAAACAAAACUUCAAAACGAUCAUGGUGAAUCUAAAUCCGGAGACAGUCUCCACAGAUUACGAUGAGGCCGACAGACUAUAUUUUGAGAAUAUCGACUUGGAGACGGUGUUGGACGUCUAUCAGCUGGAAUCGGCUAGUGGUGUCAUCAUUUCGAUGGGUGGACAGACACCCAACAAUAUCGCCUUGCCUUUGCAUCGAUUAAAUGUAAAGAUACUGGGAACAUCCCCAGAGAUGAUUGACUCGGCCGAAAACAGGUACAAGUUCUCUCGGAUGUUGGACAGAAUCAAGGUGGACCAACCAUCAUGGAAAGAGCUUACAAGCAUCGAGGAUGCGCUGCAGUUCUGUGAGAAGGUCCAGUAUCCCGUUCUAGUGCGGCCAUCCUAUGUUCUAUCCGGAGCAGCAAUGAAUACCGUGUAUUCCAAGGACGAUCUCGCGAACUAUCUCAACCAAGCUGUUGCUGUAUCAAGAGAACAUCCCGUCGUGAUUACGAAGUACAUCGAAAAUGCGAAAGAGAUUGAAAUGGAUGCCGUCGCGAAAGACGGUGUCAUGACAGGGCAUUUCAUCUCUGAACACGUCGAAAAUGCCGGUGUUCAUUCAGGAGACGCCACCCUCAUAUGUCCUCCACAGGACCUUGAGCCAGAGACUAUUGCUCGUAUUGAGGAAGCAACCCGCAAGAUCGGGAAUGCUCUCAAUGUUACGGGACCAUUCAACAUCCAGUUCAUUGCCAAAGACAACGAGAUCAAAGUCAUCGAGUGCAAUGUGCGAGCCUCGAGGUCCUUCCCUUUUGUUUCGAAAGUCAUGGGUGUGGAUCUCAUCGAGAUGGCGACCAACGUUAUGAUGGACAAACCUGUGACUCCAUAUCCGCCCAUCAAUCUGCCUCCCGAUUAUGUUGGCGUCAAAGCGCCUCAAUUCUCGUUCUCUCGUCUGUCGGGAGCAGACCCUGUGUUGGGUGUCGAGAUGGCGUCGACGGGAGAAGUUGCCUGCUUUGGACGAGAUCGGUACGAAGCGUACAUCAAGGCAACCAUUUCGACUGGCUUCAAAUUGCCUGAAAAGAAUAUACUCCUCUCGAUUGGGUCUUACAAAGACAAGCAGGAGAUGCUUCCCUCGGUCCAGAAAUUGCAUCAUCUGGGAUAUAAUAUAUUUGCAACUUCUGGGACGGCCGACUUCCUCGAGGAGCACGGCAUCAAGGUCAAAUACCUGGAAGUUCUGGCUGGAGACGACAAAGACCAAAAGUCGGAGUAUUCGCUGACGCAGCACCUGGCCACGAACAUGAUUGAUCUCUACAUCAAUCUACCCUCCAACAAUAGGUUUAGGAGGCCUGCCAACUACAUGAGCAAAGGCUAUCGGACCCGGAGAAUGGCUGUCGACUAUCAGACUCCCUUGAUCACCAACGUCAAGGUUGCCAAGAUCCUUAUCGAAGCACUGGCCAGGCAUUAUGAUCUGAAUAUCCGGAAUAUCGAUUUCCAAACGAGUCAUCGGACCGUGGUUCUUCCAGGUUUGGUCAACGUGGCCGCCUUUGUCCCCGGUAUUGCUCAGAGGGGAUCUUCGGAUUUCUCCCUUGUUACCAAGGCAUCCAUUACAGCAGGCUUCAGCAUGGUCCGGGUCAUGCCUGUCGGCAUUGAUAGUGCUGUCACUGACGCUCGCUCCCUUAAAGUGGCACAGUACAAUGCUCAAAGUGGCGCAUUCUGCGACUUCAACUUGUCUGUAGCGGCGACCGAUUCCAAUUCCGAGCAGAUUGUCCAUGUCAAGGAAGAGGUUGGGUCACUCUUCAUUCCAUUCAACCAUCUCUCUUCUGGCAAUAUCAACAAAGUUGCGACUGUGACAGCACAUUUUGGAACUUGGCCGUCAUACAAACCCAUUGUGACUGAUGCCAAAACUACCGAUCUAGCAUCAAUCCUCUUGCUGGCCAGUCUACAUGACCGAAAAGUCCACGUGCACAAUGUCACCUCCCGGGACGAUAUUAGCUUGAUUGCCCUUUCCAAGGAGAAAGGGUUGAAGGUCACUUGCGAUGUGUCAGUCUACAGCCUCUUCUUGUCGCAGUCAGACUUUCCCGAAUGCCCCGCGCUUCCAACGGCUGCCGAUCAGCGAGCUCUGUGGGAUCAUCUGCCAACAAUUGAUGUGUUCUCGAUUGGUAGCCUGCCAUACCAGAUUGCCGGCGAUAAUGCAGUGCCCACUGUGGGAAUUGCUGAUGCUCUUCCCCUACUCCUUACGGCGGUCUCUGAAGGUAGAAUGACCGUGGAGGAAGUCACCACACGUCUGCACGACAACCCAACGGCGAUCUUUGAGCUUCACGACCAGCCUUCGACGUCUGUCGAAAUUGACAUUGACCGCCCCUAUGUGCUGCAAGCUGGCGAGGUGUGGUCGCCGUUUGUCGGAAGGACUUUGCGAGGUGCGGUUUCCAGAGUCAUUUUCCAGGGCAAGACCACUUGCCUUGACGGUGAAGCACUAUUGGAUGAUCCUCGAGGUUCCAACAUGUCUUCACACCUGCUCCAUCCUGUGUCGACAUUGGGAGGUCCCGGAUCUCCAGUCAUCCAAGCACAAGUGGAGAGUCCAAGCGACAGACGUGUCUCGAUGAGCACCAGGAGCAGGCCAAUUGUCCGUGCUCGCCCCAUGGAAGAACUCUUGGAGACCACCACUCCGGUCCUUCCAACCGCAGCGUUGUACCAACCUCAACCUUCCUCCACUAUUUCGCCGUCUCUACUCUCUCUUCUUGCUUCGUCACCCUUCAAAAAUCGCCAUGUUCUGUCGGUCAACCAAUACAAUCGUCAAGAUCUACAUAUUCUGUUCACCGUGGCACAGGAAAUGCGCCUGGGUGUGCAACGACAAGGCAUCCUUCCCAUUUUGCAAUCUCGCGUUCUUUGCACCAUGUUCUAUGAACCCAGCACCCGUACAUCGUCGUCCUUUGAUGCUGCCAUGCAACGGCUAGGAGGGCGCACGAUUGCAAUCAACACCGAUCACUCGAGUACUCAGAAGGGAGAGACCUUACAGGACAGUAUUCGGACACUGGGCUGCUACGGCGACGCUGUAGUACUCCGCCAUCCGGACGAAGAGUCGGCUGCUACCGCGGCCAAGUUUUCUCCGGUACCUAUCAUCAAUGGCGGAAAUGGGAGUCGCGAACACCCUACCCAGGCUUUCCUCGAUCUCUUCACUAUCCGUGAAGAGUUGGGUACUGUCACUGGCCUCACGGUCACAUUCACGGGCGAUCUCAAGUACGGACGUACGGUUCAUUCCCUGGUCAAGCUCCUCCAGUACUACGAAGUGCGCAUCAACCUGGUGUCACCGAGAGCACUUGCCUUGCCAUCCGAUGUACGCGAUCUCAUCGUGUCCUCAGGUCAAUUAGCCAUUGAAUCCGAAACGCUCACCCCAGAGAUCGUUGCCAAAAGCGAUGUUUUGUACUGCACGCGUGUUCAAAAGGAGAGGUUCCCCUCACUCGACGAAUACGAGAGAUUGAAGGAUAGUCUGAUUGUGGACAACUCUGUUUUGAAAUAUGCGAAGCAGAGCAUGAUUGUCAUGCACCCGUUGCCGAGAAACAGGGAGAUCAGCGAGGAAGUCGACUUUGAUCAACGAGCAGCUUAUUUCAGACAGAUGCGGUAUGGGCUGUACACGAGAAUGGCGCUGUUGGCACUUGUGCUAGCGCAUUAA